AUGCUGUUUUCAAGGAGAGGUGGCCAGGGAGGCCGGUGCCUGCUGCUCUCGAUUCUGCUCUUCACAGCCUGGGGGGCUGGCAGUGGCCAGAUCAACUACUCGGUCCCUGAAGAGGCCAAACAUGGCACCUUCGUGGGCCGCACCGCUCAGGACCUGGGGCUGGAGCUGGCCGAGUUGGUGCCAUACCUGUUCUGGGUGGCGUCCAAAAGCCACGAGGACUUUCUGGAGGUAAAUCUGCAGAACGGCAUUUUGUUUGUGAAUUCUUGGAUUGACCUGGAGGAGCUAUGAGAACAGAACACGAAAUAUAGUAUUCACCUGGAGGUGCUCGUGGACAGGCCGCUGCAGGUGUUGCAUGUGGAAGUGGAGGUGAAGGACGUUAAUGAUAAUCCACAGGUCUUUAGUAGAGUGAGAGAACAAAGGCUAUUUAUUCCUGAAUCUAGGCUGCUGGAUUCACGUUUCCCGAUAGAGGGCGCUGCUGAUGCAGACAUUGGUACCAACGCUUUUCUAACAUACACUCUCAGCUCCAGUGAUUAUUUCUCUUUGGAAGUACAGGCAAGUGAUGAACUGAGUAAGUCACUUUCGCCUGAAUUGAAGUCUGUGGAUAGAGAAGAUACACCAGAACUUCGUUUAUUAUUGACAGCCACUGAUGGGGGCAAACCAGAACUGGAAGGUAUAGUUCAGCUGCCGAUCAUGGUGCUCAACGUUAAUGAUAACGCCCCAUGGUUUGCCCAGGCCGUGUACAGAGUACACUUAUUAGACACGACUAAUGUUCCAGCAACUGGAACAUUAAUGACCACAUUAAAUGCCUCUGACGCUGACAAAAGUGUAAAUGGCGAAAUUGUCUUUCUUUUGGCAAAAUUCAAAAUUGAUUCCAGCUCAGGGGAAAUUAGGCUAAUUGGUUGACUGGAUUAUGAAGAAACGAAAUCCUACGAAAUUCAGGUAAAAACAGUUGAUAAAGGAGGUCCUCCAAUGUCAAAUCACUGCAAGGUUUUAGUGAAAGUGCUGGAUGUAAAUGAUAAUGCUCCGGAACUGGUGGUCACAUCCAUCUUUGCCUUAAGAGAGGAGUCUCCACUCAGCACCGUCAUCGCCUUCAUCUCCUUGUCUGACCGUGACUCUGGUGUCAAUGGCUAGGUGACCUGCACCCUGACGCCUCAUGUCCCCUUCAAGCUGGUGUCCACCUUCAAGAAUUACUAUUCGCUGGUGCUGGACAACGCCCUGGAUCGCGAGAACCUGGCGAACUAUGAGGUGGUGGUGACCGCGAGGGAGGGCUCGCCUUCCCUGUCGGUCACAGCCAGCGUGUCCGUGGAAGUGGCCGACGUGAACGACAACGCGCCCGUGUUCGCGCAGCCUGAGUACACGGUGUUGGUGAAGGAGAACAACCCGCCCGGCUGCCACAUCUUCACGGUGUCGGCGCGGGACGCGGACGCGCAGGAGAACGCGCUGGUGUCCUACUCGCUGGUGGAGCGGAGGGUGGGCGAGCGAGCGCUGUCGAGCUACGUGUCGGUGCACGCGGAGAGCGGCAAGGUGUACGCGCUGCAGCCGCUGGACCACGAGGAGCUGGAGCUGCUGCAGUUCCAGGUGAGCGCGCGCGACGCGGGCGUGCCGCCUCUGGGCAGCAACGUGACGCUGCAGGUGUUCGUGCUGGACGAGAACGACAACGCGCCCGCGCUGCUGCUGCCCGGGCUGGGCGGCGGGGCGGGCGCGCUGAGCCAGCUGGUGGCUCGGUCGGUGGGCGCGGGCCACGUGGUGGCGAAGGUGCGCGCGGUGGACGCGGACUCGGGCUACAACGCGUGGCUGUCGUACGAGCUGCAGCCGGCGGCGGGUGGCGCGCGCAGCCCGUUCCGCGUGGGGCUGUACACGGGCGAGAUCAUUACGACGCGCGCCCUGAACGAGGCGGACGUGUCGCGCCAGCGCCUGCUGUUGCUGGUGAAGGGCCACGGCGACCCGGGGCUGACGGCCACGGCCACCGUGCUGCUGUCGCUGGAGGACAGCAGCCAGGGGCCCAAGGCCUCGUCGCGGGUGUCCACCGGCGCCGCUGGCGCGGAGGCCGCUCUAGUGGAUAUGAACGUGUACCUGAUCAUCGCCAUCUGUGCGGUGUCCAGCCUGUUUGUGCUCACGCUGCUGCUGUACGCGGCGCUGAGGUGCUCGGCGCCGCCCAGCGAGGGCGCGUGCGGGCCCGGGAAGCCCACGCUAGUGUAAUCCAGCACGGUGGGGAGCUGGUCUUACUCGCAGCAGAGGCGGCAGAGGGUGUGCUCUGGAGAGGGGCUGCCCAAGACCAACCUCAUGGCCUUCAGCCCCGGUCUUUGUCCAGGUCUGAGCACGUCGGGAAGAAAUGAACAUCCAGAAACAAAUUCAGUAAUAUAA